AUGUCAUACAAAAAAGGAAAACCUGUACUUGAGUUGUUCCGGGAAACGGAUGAUGACAAUGAUAACUACACCGACGAGUUCGAAACCGCAGAACUCAUCACAACAACGAGAAAGUUUUUGGUGCAGCAGUACGAAAUCGAUAACGCCUUAAAAGUUAUAAAUCCUAACAAUGUGCACCACAACAACCGGCGUUCUUCUACACUUGGGCAACAGACCGGUACUAAAGAGCAAAAAAUGGGUAUCCGUUCAACAAAUUCGCAGUCUCAUCGCAACGCUUAUUCGUACCCUGAUGGAAUUCAGCGGGCGGAUCAGAAUAAUCGCCCAAGCUAUUUAAAUAUUAAUACCUAUGGUAUGAGCGAUCUCUCUCCCGAGGAGUUUGCAAAGUACACAAAGCUCAAACAUGUGGGAAGAGGCGCAUAUGGUGGAGUCUAUCAAGCCAAACACGUUGACACGGGAGAAAUUUAUGCGAUGAAGGUUAUUGAGCUUGAUCACACACACUCUGACUCAUGCUCCAGAAACGACGUGGCAGUGAGUGAUAAUCAGCACUUGAUGAAUGAAAUCCUCAUCAUGAAGCAGUUUGACCACGUCAAUGUCGUGAAACUGUUCCACUAUCAUCUUAACGAGAUGUCUAUGAAUUUAGUACUAGAAUAUUGCGAGGGCGGCUCUCUAAGAGACCGUUACAGAGCUAAGGGACCAUUACCUGAACAUGAAGUUAUAGGCUAUAUCAAACAGACGUUGGAGGGACUGGUAUACUUGCACAAGAAGCGCUUCAUUCACAGUGACAUCAAAGCAGCGAACAUUCUUCUCAAAAAUGGCGUUAUAAAGCUAGCAGAUUUUGGUGUUAGUAUCAAAAUUGACGCAAAGGACGAUAUUGAAACGCUAAAAAACAAGAAGAAGGAAGCAAACGGAUCACCCUAUUGGAUGGCACCGGAGGUUAUUAGACUCCAAGGAGUUUCAACAGCUUCUGACAUUUGGAGUUUGGGAGCUACGGUAGUCGAACUGCUCACCACUCAGCCACCUUUCUAUCAGCAUGAUCCGUUUCCAGCUUGUCACGCAAUAGGAUCGGGAGAGCCUCCAGAUAUACCGUCGGGAAUAUCUCGCGAGUGUUUCCAGUUUUUAACUGUUGGGUGUUUCCAACAGGACAGGAAAGCCAGAUUAAGUGCAGAACAGCUACUUCGUCAUCCGUGGACUCAGGGAGAAAUCAAACAAGAAGAGUUACAUAAGACGAGCCUCAACCGCGAGAACAGAACCGGGUUUUUGAAACAAUACAAUGAAACGUUCCAGGACAAUUACGAUAACGAUUUUGAGGAGCGAUCCAUAAAUUUGUUGAUGACUAUUAAUACCAUGAACAAGAAACAAAGGCUUGAGAUUUACAAAGAAUCGAUGUCAGGGGAAAGCGAGGACGAUUUCAUGGACGUUUUCGAGAUUGAUCAUUUUAAAGAUCUGGACGUUGGAAAUCAAAAGGACAUCGACAUGAGACAGCAAAAAAGAACUUACAUCCGAGAUUUAGUUGACCGCACAGAGGAAGCAACAUUGGAGGAGUUGCAACUGAUUUAUAAAUUUGUGACUGAAGACGAUGAAUGUGGCCAAGAGGGCGAAAAGUUGCACGGGGGCUCGAAUUUUGUGAUAAAAUGUCUGAUUGAUCAGAAAUUUGUAUACAAGCUUACAUCUAGGCUUUUGACGGAGGAGUCUGACGAUUGCAAAAUCGAGCUUAUGAAAAUUGCGGUUCAGCUCUUUCAACACGACACUCAAAGUAUGGUGACAUUCUAUCAUUGCGGGUGUACCUCGAGAAUCAUUCAAGCAUACCACGAAGAAGAAAGUGUCUUCACAUAUUUGUCCAUGCUUGUGAAGUCCAAUCUACCAACUCUGUCUCUUAUUUCAACAGACAUUUGUGAAGUGCUGGUUCUGACUUUAAAGAAUGGAGACACAUCGAGACAAAAUUUGUGCGUUGAGCUGCUGCUUGAACUUUUCAGAAACGAGAAAAUUGAGAAACAGGGGAUGUCCUCGAUUUUAGUUACACAUUCUGUUCCAAGACUACUUGCCAUUAGUUUGAGCAACAUUCGGGGCCACAUGAGUGAAACGCAGCUAGCGGUGGCAGUUAGGACUGUCAAGCUUCUUGCCAAAGUGGCGCACUACUGCUCCGACAACCUUAGAGGCAAGUUCUUUACUGGCGAUUUCUUUACUUGCUUAUUUAGGAGAUUUGCCAAAUUGCCACUUGAGUCCAAACUGGAGAUGGUGAGGAUAGUGAACAAGUGCGAGAUGUUUUUGGACGGUGCGUUGGAAGAUUUAGAUAAUUCACAGAUUCAGCAGAUCUUUGAUCAACUUCUUGAAGACCUUUCCUCGGAAGAAUGUUCCAAAGUAUAUGAGAGGUUUGUGAAAUGUACAAUACCCAUUCUUCAAAAGCUAUGCACUUUGGACUCCAGCAGACAGGUGGAUUUAUUGUCGACCAGCAGCAUAGAGCUUUUCAACCACUUGCUCAAGCUCUUCACCAACUCAAAACGGAAUGAGACCAUCAAAAACCAGGUAGUUGAUAUUUUUGCAACAGCAGCUGGCAAUCCUAAACUAUCGCAAGUAUGCAAACGAUACGGCGCAAUUGAAAUUCUGAUUAAUGUUAUUGACGACCCCCAUUACCGACUUACCGCAAUUCGCAACAUCAGAAACCUCGUGGAGACAGAAGGAGACAUUCUUGACGAGGCGCUGAAAAGGAAGCCGUUGCUUCUCAACAAGAUCGUGGCAGGUAUCAAACUCGAGAACGACCUCGAUCAUUUUUUCAUAGAAUUUAUCCAAGUGCUCGAGAAACACCGGGACAAGUGGGUCCAAUCGAACAGAAAACACACCCAAUCAUUCAGCAUCUACAACUAUAUGUGCUCCUCCGAGGAGAUCUUAAACUCGUUAUUUGAACGGCUGUCACAGCCGGAGCUAGUCGAUCCUCUGCUGGUUCUUCAACUUUUCCAGGUCUUAUAUAGUCGCACGCCGCGGAGCUUUGUCCUGCGGGAGUUUCAGCCGGCCUUUCAGGAUUUGCGGAAUGAGUUGCUGAAGCCAGUCGGAGGCAGUGACGCUCGAAAAGAUCGGAUGAUCGAUAUCAUUGAUGACAUUCUUAUAGAAGGCUAA